UUUUGUAUCUUUUUCCACUCAAAUCAGAUGGCAACAGCGACCGACAGCCAUCCGUGUCCGUGGCUCUAAGCAUAGUUAGCACCUGUGGUAGAUGGUUGAAGGUGGCAAACAAAAUCAGUGCAUCGGUGUCUCUUGAAUGGAAUUGUUGGUUCACUCGGGUGAAUAAAAUAUUUAAAAAAAUAAAAAAAAACUAAGAAAAGAUAAAUAUUCAAAAAGGCAUACAAGUAGUUUGUCUCACCAAAGAUACGUGGAUUAAAUUAAAAUAAGUAUAGAAAAAAAAGUAUCUGAAGACAUUACUUUUUAACUUGCCAGCACGACAUAAAUAACUCAACAUCGAACGGAAUUUCAUGGUACUUCACGUGAUAGUGUAUUAAAUAUAAUUUUUUUUUUCAUUCUUGUUAAAAAGUAAAAGUGAAUAAAAAUUUCAAAAACUUCGCGUGUGCUCGGAAUAAUUUCGAAUAAAAAGAAAAAGUUUUAGUUAAUUUUUCUUAGAAUAAUAUUGACAACAAUUCAUCAAUUUUUUGGAAUUAAAUACAAAAAAAUCAGAGAUUACCAAAUCUUCUCGAUUUCGAUUUUGAAGAUUCAUCAUCUUUUCGAAAAGGACUAACGAGAUUGCUGCAAUAAUGCUUCCGCUUCCGCGCGGAGCGGUUUGGCAGUUAUUCUUCCUGCUGUGUGUGGUACUUCUUGCUAAUGAGGUUCGCACGGAGGAAAGAGUAGUAUGCUACUACACAAAUUGGAGUGUCUAUCGACCUGGAACAGCUAAAUUCAACCCUCAAAAUAUAAAUCCUUAUCUAUGUACGCAUUUGGUUUAUGCUUUUGGAGGAUUUACAAAAGACAAUACCAUGAAACCAUUUGAUAAAUAUCAAGACAUCGAACAAGGUGGUUAUGCUAAGUUUACAGGCCUUAAAACCUACAAUAAACAGCUCAAAACUAUGAUUGCUAUUGGUGGUUGGAACGAAGCUUCGUCACGUUUUUCCCCAUUGGUUGCAAGUUCUGAACGUAGACAACAGUUUAUUAAGAAUAUCUUGAAAUUCUUAAGACAAAAUCACUUCGAUGGUCUGGACUUGGAUUGGGAAUAUCCAGCACACAGAGAAGGAGGUAAAUCACGUGAUAAGGACAAUUACGCCCAGUUCGUUCAAGAGCUGAGAGCUGAAUUUGAUAGGGAAUCAGCAAAGACUGGAAGACCAAGACUUCUGUUGACAAUGGCUGUGCCUGCUGGUAUACAAUACAUCGAAAAGGGUUAUGAUAUCCCAAAACUUAAUAAAUACCUCGAUUGGUUUAAUCUGCUGACUUACGAUUUCCAUAGCUCCACUGAACCAUCAGCUAACCAUCAUGCACCUUUGUAUUCUUUGGAAGAGGAAGAUGAGUACAACUAUGACAGUGAAUUGAACAUUGACUAUUCCAUCAAAUUCUACUUGGACGCUGGUGCAGAUCGUGACAAGCUGGUUCUUGGAAUUCCAACUUAUGGUCGAUCAUAUACUCUAUUUAAUGAAGAAAGUACUGAACUUGGAGCUCCAGCUGAUGGUCCUGGAGAACAAGGUGAUGCCACAAGGGAAAAGGGAUACUUAGCUUACUAUGAGAUUUGUCAAAACAUCAAAGAAGAUCCUGAUUGGACUGUAGUCCAACCAAACCCCAAGGCUAUGGGUCCAUAUGCUUUCAAGGGUAACCAGUGGGUUGGUUAUGACGAUGAGGCUAUUGUCCGUAAGAAGGCUGAGUAUGUUGUUGAGAAUGGACUGGGAGGUAUUAUGUUCUGGGCAAUUGAUAACGAUGAUUUCCGUGGAUUGUGCACUGGAAAACCAUAUCCAUUGAUUGAAGCUGCUAAAGAAGCUUAUUUAGAUCGUCUGGGUGUGGGAGAUAAUGAAGUUGCCAAACCAUCACCUCCUAAGAAGAAGCCACUGCGCAACAGAAACCGUCCUGCUUCCACUAAUCGUAACAAAGUUGAAGAAGUUGUCGAAAAAUCUGUUUCCAACUCGCGUAAGAAGCCAGCAGCUCGUGUCCGUCCUCAAACUGAAAGACCUGCUAAAACUACUACAACAUCCACAACUACUAGUUCAUCUUUGUAUGUUGGUGGUAGAACAACAACUCCUGCUCCUCCAACAACACCCGAUCCGGGAUCUGACUUCAAGUGUGAAGACGAAGGAUUCUUCCAACAUCCAAGGGAUUGCAAGAAAUAUUUCUGGUGCUUAGAUAGUGGUCCUUCGAACUUGGGAAUCGUUGCCCAUCAAUUUACUUGUCCAUCUGGAUUGUAUUUUAAUCCUUCAGCAGAUUCAUGUGAUUUCGCUAGAAAUGUUCCCUGUGAUAAGAAACAUAAAGAAGCUUCCACAACAACUUCAAAACCAAUAACUACAACAACAAGCACAACCACACCACGAACGACAACAUCUUCCUACAGAAUCACAGCAGCUACUUCAAGAAAUUCUUUUCUUCGUUACUCAACGACAACAACAGAAGCUCCUGAGGAGGAAGAAGAGGAAUAUGAAGAUGAACCCGCAGAUACUGCCGUUGAAUCUGAAGAAGAUCCACGUGUUAUUAAAGAACUGAUUGAUCUCAUUAAAAAAGUUGGUGGUAUUGAAGAACUUGAAAAACACAUUUUACAACAGGAUGAUGGAACUGUAAUGCUGAGGAAACACGAUUCAUCUUCAACCGGAAUAACCACAACUCCGUCUUCCAUUAGCAAGAAACUGUAUGAAAAAGUUCUUAAUCGGCCUACGAAUUUGAGUGCCUUUAGGAAUAAGUUCACUUCAUCAAGCCUUUUUAGAAGUUCUAGCAAACCGAAGACUGUGGAAGAAAAGGAAGAAGAAGUAGUUGAAGAAGAGCAAGAAGAUAACAAUAAGAAUUCAAAAUACUCUUCGGUUGUUCGUAAUAGUCGACCAGGUCCUCAGAAUGCAGGAAUCGAAAAACUAGCUGAAUUCGAAGGAUUCCUGAAAGAAAAGAAAAAGUAUGUGACCAUUAAAAGGCCAAGACCUGCUUCAGCUUCAAGUUCGGAAGAUGAAAAUGAAGAUGAAGAAGAAAAUGACAAUUCAAAGAAUAUCCAACGAGAUUCUGAAGAUGAAGAAGAUGGUGAUGAAAAAGUAGAAGCAUUGUCAGUGAGCAGCAGUAAGAGACCAACCUCUGCUUCGACCCCUGCUUACACAAGUAUUAGACGCACAAAAGGGACCACUUUAAAACCAGAAGUAAUUCAAAAUGACGAAGAAGUUGAAGAUGUCGCUGACGAAGCUGUUCCGGAUAAGAAAGCCUAUGUUCCAUUGAAUCGUAAUCGUGUUAGGAGCACAACAGAAAACACUCUUGUUGAGAUUGAGAGCACUACAGUUGCUGCAGGAAGCAGGUACAAGUUUUUGGAACGCACACGACCAACCAGACGUGCAUUGACAACUAUAUCGACGUCAAAGGAACAUGUUGAUGAAGAAUCAGCAGAAAGUGAAGAUCCUCUAAGUGUAACGGUACAAUAUUUGGAACCAAAUGAUAUUUCAACACAAUCACCUACACAACAACAAGCAAUUACAACAACCCGAUCAUACUCAAGUAUAGGUCGUCGCACAACAACAACAACCUCAACUACAGUAGACCAAGCUCCAAUUACAACAACACAACCAGAAAGUUUACUUAGUGAUACCACAACACCUGAACCAAUAAUCAUUUCCACAACCACAACUACUUCGACCACACAAACCACUACUAAUCCUACAUCCAUUGAAACUUCCACAUUACAAUCAUCCACAACCACAACUCCCAUACUUCCUGCUUUAUCACUAUCAACAACUCAAACAUCUUCUACGUUGCAAGACGAAGAAGAAGCUACUAUUGCCCCUAAAAUUCCCAAUUCCCAAACGUCAGAAUCUGGUCUAGAUACACAGGAACUUGACUCGACAACAGCCACCACGACUGCAACACCAGACGAUACGGACCGCAAUGAGGUAACAAACCCAACCUCUAAAUCAACCACAACCACAACAACGCCUUCUAGUAUUAAGUCACAAUCUAGUCUCAAUAGUAGUAAUAGCAUAAGGGGCAGUUUUAACAAUAAGUAUAACGGUGGUGGUAGUCGAAGACAACAACAACAAAGAACAAAAUCAACAACCCCAUCAACUGACACAACCCAAGAAACCAGUACCUCUACUAACGAAUUCCUAGGAACUGUAUCUAGUCCAAGACCUUUUGGUUUCCCUCGUCGUCGUACACGUCCAACUCUGGCAAACAAAUCUAAUGGCGGACUUGAUGAUGCAUCUUCAUUGUCAUCUUCAACCGCUUCUCCAUCUGAAACAUCAACGCCAGCAAUCAUUAAAAAGGUGAGUUCAACUCAAGAGUCCUACCUCCGUAGUCGUAGCCGUUUAUCGCAGAAUUUAGAUCGGUCUCAAAACCUAAACGAUGGCACUAAAAUUGUUGUAGAUCAUGUAGCGAAUGUAGUUGGUAGUUUAGUGGUGAAGGGUGUCAAUGGGGUGAAUCAAGUUUCUGACGAAGGUUCAACUCCAACAAGAACUUAUUCGUGGAAAGAUGCUCGAGAUCCGAAAUACCGACCUCGAAAAGUCAUGCCCAAAGCCGAAUUAGAAACCAAUGCACGUUACUAUGAUUGGCAAGUAGGUAGCCAAGGUGCGAGUGGCGACGAUGGUAGCUACAAGCCGGAUGGGACUUGGCAUCAGCUUUGGGGGCAAAAUCAUAUUUCUGCUUUAAAAUAUCGCGAUGAUUCACGUUAUGGUGGUGGUAAGGGUGGUGAUGGGUUAAAUGGUUAUAAUUCAAUUACAGGUGAAUGGAUCAAUGAGAAAUAUCUCUCGGAUUCAAGUCGAGGUAAGUGGAGGGCAAAGAGUUUAGAACAGAAAAAUGAGGGACAGGACGGAUCUUUCCGCAGAGGCUAUGGCAUGGGUGGGGAAGAUGUGUUAGCGUAUUAUCCAUAUGAAGGUUAUUCGGAUAAUGAUGAUGGCAAAUACAGGGGUAACGAACAAAGUGAAUCACAAUUCCAAGACGGUAAGUACACUGGUUGGAACGAAAAAACUUUAACUCAGAGUGGUCAAUAUAGUGGGGAAAAGCAAACCUUGAACAAUCAAAAGUCUACUAAAAUUGAAACGACAUCUACUUUGGAGGGAAACAGAAAAAAUACAGGAACAAACUUUACUCCAACGUUGAAAGCCAAUGAAUCUGAAUUCACCAAAAAUCAAACAAACCUUAACUCAACUUCAAAAAUAAAUUUGAACAAAGAUACACUUGAAGUGCGGAACUCAUCAACAAACAAACAUAAUUUCAAGCCCAGCUCAACACUUUCAAGAAAUGAGAAUAAAAAUCACCAAACUGGAGAAGAUUCAAAUUCAGAAGACAAAGAUUCGCACACCUUAAGAAACAAAAACCGUUUCAAGCCAAGUUCAACACUUACUAGAAACACAAAUCAAUCGGUAACCAAGAGUCAAGAAACUGAUGAAGUGAAAGAAUCUGAAAAUGGUAGUAGAAUUAAUAGGACCAUAUUUGAAAACCAUUCUGAAGAAAACCGUCAGAUAAGAAAUAGAAAUAGGUUAGGGUCUCAACUAAUUGAGAAACCAUUAGAAGAUAAACAAGUUACUCCGGAAACAGAGGGUAAAUCUGUCAUUUCUACGACGAUCUCAUCUCAGAAAUUUAAGCCAAGUUCAACAUAUUCUAGGAACACAAAUAAUUCGGAGAUAAAAAAUGAAGCAAUUGGAGAAUUAAAUUCCUCUGGAACCGGUAACAGGACUGUAUUUGAAAAUCUUCAAAUAAGAAAUCAAAACAGGUUAGGUUCUCGAGUGAUUGAAAAAGCGGUAGAAGGACAAGAAGCUAAUACAGAAAAGAUUGGAAUUGAAAGUAGCAACGAAACGUACACUUCACGUGGCAGUGUCACUCAUAAAAGCGAUCAAGCUAUUGAAAAACCUUUGAACUCUAAAAAUAAGGUUAUAAACUCUAACCGAGGAAAUACUCUACAUAAAACAAAAGAAAAUUCAGCCACUGAAGAUCAAGUUCAACGAGAAGUUCCAGAAGCUGGAAAUACUAUACCAAUAAAUUCUUCUUCCAAUAGAAAAGGUUCUUCUUCCAAUAUCAAUGAAAACAAUUCUAACAAUUUGAGCACCGUAGGAAUAGCCCAUACUGAAGCUGGAAAUAUGAAUCCAACCUCAGCACAAGAAGCUCUUGAUAAAGUUAUAACACAUAUAAUGAAAAUUCCUCGGAGUAGAUUAAUAGAAGGAGACAGUUCUUCUGGAUAUAUUGAAAGAAAUCACAAUUCGAAAAUUGAUUAUGAAAUUUUGAGCUCUUCACCAGAAUCUAAUUCUCGAAUGACAUAUUACGUUAAGGUUAUUGUUGAUAAGGCAUUACCACAAAACAAAAAAGUAAUUGGGCUUACAAGUGAAAAUGAAAGUAAUGAUUAUUCUCAUACAAAAAUUCAUACAAGAGAAACUUCUGAGGAAUCAGAACAAUUUGACAAUACUGAUGUCCUGAAGAUCAAAGAGUUUGUAGAAGAAACUUUGACAAAGUCGGAUGCGCUUGAACAAACCGAAAGUGAAAAUCCAGUUAUGUUUGAAGGAAAAAUUGACAUAAGUCUUGUGGAUGGUAUUCCUAACCGAGUUGUUGAAAAUUUAAAAAAACAUUCUUUCCAAGAUGAUUGGGAUAUUAAAACUCAGUCUAAGGUCGAAGAAAUUGAAAAUAACAAAAGAAAAAAAGAUUCAUUGAAUUCCCAGACAGUUGGGAACUUGGCUAGUGCUGACAGUGAUAAGGCAAAGACUUCAAAAGAAGUACAUAAUUCCAAAACUACUAAGAAAAGUAGUAGUUCAACUCUUUCUUUUAAAUCCGAGGAAACAUUGAUUGAUGACCAAAAUCUUCAAGCUGACAUUGAAGAAGAAACUAACGAUAAAGUCACUUUACAAAGUACAAAUAUAAAGCCCGAAGAUAUUGUGGUUCUUGAUCAAACUCUUGAAGCAGUCCUAGACGCCGAUAGUAUUUAUGAAGAACUUCUAUCUUCUAUUACCACAGAAGCUCCAAAUGCUUUAUCAAUUGAAUCAACUUUGGAAGGUAGUCACAAAGUUGUAGAUAGUUCGGAAUUCCGUAGAAAACAUACUAACAAUCGUGGAAGUAAGGUAGAAACUCAAACAAGUAAGCCUGAAGAUGUCAAAAUUAUUGAUCAAACUCUUGAAGCUAACAUUGGCAGUGAAUUGGAGAUUGAUGAAAUAGUUCCUAUUCAAACAACUACCACCAAUUCUCCAAAUUCUUUGGUUUAUCAGACAAUUGAAUCUGGAAAAGUUGAUAAACCUAAAAUUUCGAAAACAAACACUCGCUCUGAGGAAAUCAAUAAUUUCAACAUAAAAACAGUGAAUAGUGGCACAACUAGUGAAAAUCUUAAUUUAAAAACAGAAGAUGUAAAACUUGACAAUCAAAAUAUUCAAGUUGAAAAUAAAAUUAAGGUCAACGAAGAUGUCAAUACUCUAAAUUCAAUAAAUUCUAAGACAACUGAAUCUGGACAAUUAUCAAAUGUUGAUAGUGAUAACACGAAAAUUAGUUCGCAAGAAAUUAAUAAGUCCAAAACUAAUACACCAAGUAGCAGCUCAACACUUUCUUUCAAAUCAGAAGAAACAUUAAUUGAUGAUCAAAAUCUUCAAGCUGAUAUUGAUGAAGAAAUUGAGGAAACAAUUGUUGCCAGUACUCCUAAUUCAUUAAAAUCAGAAACAGUUGUAUCUGGAACCUCUAAAGCUUCUGAUUCUUCAAAUAUUCUUAAGCAAAAGGUCACUUCUGCGAAAAACGUUAACUUGAAAUCGGAAAAUGUAGCAAUUGAUGAUGAAAGUCUUCAAGCAGACAUUGAUGAAGAAACUGAAACAAAGGAACUUGUAAACACACCUACAAACACCCCCGAACUUACACAAACAUCUGAAUUGAAUGGUUCUAGUGUCCUUGUUACUGAAGCCACAAUUUCAGAAUCUCAGCAAGAGAGGUCUGAUAAAGCAAUUUCUGAUCUAGAAGCAAGCAAUGCCCUUAAGUCGGCAAAGGAAGCAUCUCAAACUUAUGCAAGAAAUCGUUCAAGAAUACGAUUUGGAAGCAGUACAUCAAAACCAGAAGUUUCAGAUUCUACCGUAGAAAUUGUAACAGCAAGGACUCGUCCAACAUUCAAUAAUAGAAUAAAAUCCUACCCAAAUCGUGGAUCCACCGAAAAAAGUACUGAAGCUCAAAGUCAAACGAUCAAUAGAAACAGAACAAAAACGCGAUAUGAAAGGCCCAAUAUCAAGAGCCCUUCAUCAAAACCUGUAACAGGAAACACAUCAGCUAAUAGGUUCCAAAAUAGGUUCAGACUUGGUUCGGGUUCUACCUUAAAUAGAGCUCAAAACAAAGUUCAAAAUGAUGCUGAAAAUGAAGAAUCAACAAUUUCAAAUACUGAAGAAGUUACCGAAAAGGUUACAGAUAACAAUUCUCAAGCUAAAACAUCAUUUACAACUCGUGAAAGACAAUCUGGGUCAGCUAGAAGAAUCUAUGAUAAACCAAUUGCACAAGUCUUAUCUCAACCAAAGCAACGUCUUUCAUCAGCACAAACCAAGUAUGGAGACUCUGAUUUAAAAACAAAAAAAGUCAGUACCCAAACAAAUGGUGAAGAAGACUCCGAAUAUUAUGAUGAAAUCACCUAUGAAGAACCUCCAACAACUACUCGUCGUCCUCAAAUCACCAAUCGUGGAAGUAUUAAAGCAAUGUUAAGUGAUCUUUCUUCACUAUUGGCUAUAGAUUUCAAUCGAAAAAAUUCUCAACCAAAAAUUCCAGUUGAGGGUCGUCGUAUUGUUGUAAGACGUCGUCGUCCAAUUCAACGUUCAACCACUGAGACAGCUUUAGAAAGUGAAGAUAUUAUUGAAAAAGCAACAAGGCCAUCUUGGCAAUCGAGAAUUAGAACAACGACAGAAAAUGGCGUAAAGGAACCAAAAGGAAUGAUUAUUAUCAAGCAUACAGGUGACGGCUCACCAAAAGAUGAAGUCAAAGAAAAUGCUUUGAACAUUCCAAACCUUAGGGGUAAAUUUGUAUUGAAGAAGAAAAUUAUAAGAAAGAAGACUCAUGAUUUUGAAGAGGAUACUAUUGAUUCCGUUAUAAGUGAAGCAAUGAGUAUCCCUGAUAUUGAAACUGUCCUCACUCAGGAUUCUAAAGAAGCAGAAUCCGAGAUAAAAUAUAGCAUCUCUGGUGAAGAAACAUCAACUGAAACAAAUAAUGUUUCUCUAAAACAACCACUCCAAAACCGAAAGCCUUCAAUACCUUUCAGAGGACAAACUAGAAUAAGAACAAGCACUGAAGAAAGUACAACUAAAUCUGAAGAACCAGUCACAUCUAAGCCCAGACGUGAAAGACCUCGUUUUGAGUUAAGGAAAAAAUCCGAUUCACCAAGAAAGAUAAAAAGGCCACCGACUGAAGAACCUGAAAUAUUGACAACUCCACAAACAUUGCAAACAACAACAGAAGGUGCAAGAACUUUUGAUUUAAGAAAAAAUGUGAAUGGUGGAAAAGUUAUGCCAUAUACAGGAUUGACAGAAAAGACUCCCGAAAAAAUUGAAGCCUCUACUAAUCCUGUGUUAGAUCUCACCACAGAACAAACUGAAGAAACAUCUUCGUACAUUCCAAGUAUUGAGAGUUCCGAAAGCGAAAAAGAUACAACCACAACAAGUGAAGAUAUAAUCACAGAAAAAGCAGAAUCUGAUAAUAAUUUACAGCCCAAGGACUCAAAAAUAACUGAUAAGGUAGAAAAUGUUGAAGAAAGUUCUAACUCUGAUAAUUCACCGAUGCCAAUUUAUGAUCGUAUGAAGCACUUAAAGUUCUUGGCGGAUUCCCCUAUUAUAUACUUGGGAAAAAUAAAUAAUCCUUCAAAAGAUCUAAAAAAUGAAGAAAUCAUUGAGGAAGGAAAGGGAAGUCCUCUUGUUGUGGAAAAAACUCUGUCUUCAAAGCAAGUUGAAAAUGAAAAUAAAUUUCCUGCAGGAAUCAACAACGAAUCCAAUCAGUUUUUUGAGUUAGCCCCCAGGACAAAGGAGGAUCUGGGGGCUAUCAGAUCUUCAUCUAUUGGAGAUAUUUCACAAACUACACAAGAUGAAAUAAAAGAUGAGAAUUUGAAAUUGGCCACGGAAGUUAAUUCAAUGAGUACAGGAACAUCACUGGAAGGAAUAUCAUUGGAAGAAUCACAUUUGGAAGAUAUCUCAACUGUGAUGUCUACUUCUACAAGUUCAUACAAGGACUCAAAAAAUAAUAAUAUUAUGACACCAACAACAUUAGACGAUAAUACAGAUCUUACACUGAACGGACAGUUGGAAGUAAUCGAAGAUAAUACUAACAAGAAAACCACAACAAAACGAUCAAUUCCUGAUGAAGAUAAUAAUAGUGCGGAAGAUACAACUGCAGAUUUGGGAAUGGAAGAGUCAACCAAAGAAUUUUUACAACAAUUGGAUGACUUAGAUGCAGAUAUAUCAACAAUUCGUAAUAAAUUAAAUAAUUUAGUUGAUCAAACGAAUAAGUCAAGUGUUGAUAAAAUGAAAAUUGAUAAAAAGUUGGAUACAGUUUUGACUGAUGCAAAUGAAGAAAAAUCAAGUACAAUAAUUCCGGUACAAAUGGAAAAUGAUCAACAGUUGGAAUUUGAAUUGAAUUCUCUUAGACCUUUGGAAGAAACAACUAUUUCUCAUCGAGCUGCUAAAACUUUUAAAGAAUUCAGAUCAGAUUUUAGCGCUGAAAUUGAAAGUAAUGACAACGAAGAUGAUGAAUCUUCAAAAAUUCCUCUUUAUUAUGAAGAAGAUACAUCAACAAUAGAACCUGAAACAGCUGCUGAUUCACUUCGUAGUGAUAUUUCUGCUCAACGGGCUUUCUCAUUUCGCCCACGACAACGAGCGUCUUCAACUACUGAAAUAAACAAUGAUGAUAUUGCAUCUACUACACGAAGAACUUUUGGAAAUCGUCUUAGACCAAAUCGUUAUAGUACAAAAAAGCCUAAGACUGAUGAAGAAAACAUUGAUAUUGAAGAAACAACUACUCGUCGUAGUUAUAUCAGAUUAACCUUACCAACAAAAAGUGUAACUGAAGCAAUAACAAAUAAAAGAUUACAUCGUUAUAAAACUAAAACACUAAGUUUGACAGCAUCUACCGAAUCAAUCAUCGAAUCACCUACAACUCGAAAAACAUAUAAUAAGUUAAGUCGUUUAAGAACAACAACACCAACAUGGACAACCACAAGUUCGGCAGUUGGAAAUGAAGAUGAGGAAGAAAAUACUUCGACUAUAAACGAGGAGAAUGCAACUAAUGCUAAGGAAAUUGAGAUAAAAUCAAGCAUUGAAGACAUUACUUUGCCUACUGAAAUUAAAUUUUCUUCAACAACUGAAGCAGUUGAAGAAAGUACUUUACACGAAGAAACAACAAACAAUUUCGGAUCAGACUUGGAAGAAACACCUAGCGCCACAGAAAAGGCUUCAACUUUACAACCUUUUGACAAAAUUGAAGAUAUCCUGAACAUAGACACAGAUACUACUACACUUCGAACAUAUUCAUAUAUUAACCGCAGCAAGACUACAGCAACUUCAGAAGAGCCUGAAUUAAUUUCUUUCACAGAAGAUGAAAGUGAAGACCAACAAAUCGAUGAUGACUCUGAAAAACUCGAAGAAAAUAUUCCAACUUCUCGUAAACCAUAUAUAAGUUUGAAACGAACUGGGACUACAACAACUGUAGAACCACCUGAAUUCAAUGAAGAAGAUUUAUCUGAUGAGGAAGAUGUAAGCAAAGUUGCCACAACUAAACGUAUAUAUUCUGCCUUGAAUCGUUCUAAAACUACAACAGAGCAAUCAGAAAUUGAUGUCGAAUCUAAAGAUGAUUCAACUGGAAAGCUAAGUCGGCCAUAUUCUAACAUUAAUCGAUUAACUUCAACAACAAUUAAUCCAAUAAAAUCAACAAACGAGGAAGAUGAAGAUUAUAUUGAUAAGGAAGACACUGAAUCAGAAGAGAAUGAAAAUUCUAGUCUCCCAAGUUCAUCAACUCGCCGACCAUAUGCAAGUAUUAAUAGGAUCGGAGCAACAAAAGCUCCAGAAAUAGGUUCUGAAAGCUUAACUUUAUACUCUUCUAAAAAUAUAGCCGAAAAAGAAGAAACUACAACUACCCGUCGUUCAUAUUCAACUAUUAACAGACAAUCAACUACAGAAGCUGAGAAGAUUGAUGAAGAACUAGUGGAUUCAUCAUCUCAAGAAGAUGACAAAUCAGCUUCAACAACUCUUCGAAGUUAUGCAAGUUUAAAUCGUUUCAGAACAACAACUAUUGCUGAAGAGGAAAAAGAAGAAGAUUCAAUUGACGAUAAAAUUGUUGAUGAAGUUACGUUGCCAACUAUUCGUUUUACAAAUGCUCAACAACAAAAGCAAGCUCGAUCGUUACUAAAUAAUAUUACAAAUGAAUCUGAUAUCGAAGAUCAAUCUAAAAAUAUUGAAGCAACAGAUGAAACUACAACAAAUACUGUAAACGAAAAUAGUCAUAGAAAUACAGAAAUAGUUACUGAAUCCACUGUUGUUCCUACUACGGAAGUUGAAGAAUCCACUGUUGUUCCUGCUUCGGAAGUUGAAGAUUCUGAACAAGAUUCAACAGUUAUACCAAAUACAAGUGUUCAUAGUUUCACAAAUGCUCAACAACAAAAAGAAUUGUCUACUUCAGUUCCUAUUCCAGACCGUGAAACAGAAAGUCAAUUUUCAAAUACUACGAAUAUACAACUUACUGAAACCACUAUUACUGUACAGCCAGAUACAGAACAAUUGAGUUCUACUUCAAAUGAGUCUUCUACGAAUAAGGAAGAAAAUGAUAAUAAUGAUUCUAUUAUAUCGGGAUUGAGAAAUGGUAAAUCUCUUGAUGUUUUGACAGAAACAACUGAUAGCAAGGAUCUACCUGUUCCACCUACACAAGCCCCAAAACCAAGGCUUUCACUUAAUGAUCUACGUAAAAAAGUCAAAAUUGCUCCGUUAAAGCCCGAUACUGAUGGAAUCAUAAGUACUCGAUUCAAGCCCAUUCAGACAACAACACCCUCAGCGGAUGCUUCUUCUUCAAUCCAAGAAGAUACCAAGACCGUUCAAAGCACAAAUCAAGAUUCCUCAAUUGAUGAAGCAGAGAAACAAUCUGCAGACAUUUUGAAUAUUACGGGUGAAGAAUCUUCCAAUGAAAGAAAUCUCGCAGACAAUUCUUCUGAAUCACCACCUUUUCCUUCAGUCGAAGAUGAUACAAGCAAAACCUCCAUUGCAACCCAAGAAUUGUCACGAGAUGAAAAUUCUUUGAAUAUCUCAAGUACUGAAGAAAAUAUUUCAAUAACUGAAAAAACAAUUGAAGAUGUUGAUAAAGAACAUAAAAACAAAAUUAGUCCUGGGCCAACUCAAGCCACAAAGCCUAAACUUUCACUCAAUGAACUACGUAACAAAGUCAAAAUCAACCAAUUCAAGCCCGCUUCUGAUGGGAUUGUAAGCACUCGUCUUAUUAAACCAACAAAAGGUGAGGAUAUUGAUAGUGUUGAAAAACUUGAUUCCUCAAAUGAAAUUAAUUUCGUAGAAGAAACAACUACAGACAAUUCUUCAAAGAUCAAAAGUCAGGAAAGAACUUUGAAUUCUAGCUCUUCACAAACAAAGACAGAUGAAGCAAUUGCAGCAAAUGACAAAGAAUACGAAGAAACUAAUAAUGAAGAAGAAGAGCAAGAAACGCCUAAAAGCAUUGUUGGCCUUCUUAAUCGUACUCGCGUCAGACCAACUCAAGCUUCGAAACUUUCCCUCAAUGAACUGCGUAAUAAAGUCAAAGAUGCUCAAUUUAAGCUCGUUAAUGAUGGAAUAGUAAGCACACGUCUUAGACAACCUAAACUUCAAAAAAUCGAUGACGAAAUAAACACUGAAACAAGUGAGAACUUAGAUCAAAGUUCAACGGUUUUACCUAGUUCUUCUACUAAGCAACAAAAUCAACCAAUUUCUGAGGAGACAACUUCUCUAAAUGAAGCAAAAGAAAAACAAUCAGCUGAAAGUUUAAACCCAGAAACUGACUCAUCAAUUCAGCAGUCAUUAACAGAAGAAACAACAACAGCAACCAGCAUUCUUUUAAAAGAAGAUUCCGGUAGCGAAACAUCUUUGUUAGAAGAAACAAGUACCGAAUCAAAUACCGAAAAUCAACUUGAAGAAGAACAAACAACAAUUUUGAUUCCAGUUGAUGAUGUUUCAAUUGAACAACAAGAAAAUAAUACAUCAACAGUUAGUUCUUCUCAAGAACUUACUCACACAGACAGAGAUAACAAAAAUUCGUCAUUAAUAACCGAGUUGUCAAAUUCUUCUGACACUAGUACAUUAACGACUUCCAAAACAGAAACCUUUCUGAAUAACCAAGAAGACAAAACUGAAGAAAUAAAAGAAAAUAUAGAAAGUUCAACCCCUAAGUCAGUUGUUGGCCUUCUUUCUCGAACUAGAUUAAGACCCACUCAAGCACCAAAGCCAAAACUAUCCCUCCUUGAACUACGUAAAAAAGUCAAAAAUUCUCAGUCCAGGACUGAUACUGACAAUGGUGUUAUAAACAAUCGUCUAAAACAAACACUUGCCAAGCGAAAACCAUUUAAUCCUACCACUAAAAUUACUAAUAAUGAUUUUACUAAACAAUCAUUAAAUACUAACUCCAAUGUAGAUUCCAUUUUAGAACGCACUGAUACUAACCCAAAUCUGUCACUAACCCCAAUUAAUGUUGAUAGUGAUGAUGAAGUUAUAGAGCUAGGUCAGGAACAAGAUUCAGACAGUGAUGACUCCAUUUUAGAAACUAAUUCAAAUCUUAGCACGAACACACCUAAUUUUAAUCGACGUUUUCAGAGAGUACAAUACAACCGUAUAGAUGGACGUAGAAGACGACCCAUAACACCAACAUCAUCAUCAACAACAAGUUCAUCAUUAAGUGAAGAUGAUGAUGAUGAUAUUACUUCCACAUCACCAUCAAAUUUGGGUUUGACAUCAGAUGAAUCUGGAUCGAUAGUAGAUGAAGAUACAGCAGCUGUUGUAUCAUCUACUGAAGCAGUUCAAAGACGUCGUCUUAGAGUAUUAAAAUAUAAACGACCAAUAAAUGUUAAUAAUAAUCUUAGUUUAGAUAACUCUACUAAUACCACCACAAGUAGUAGUAUAGAGUCUGUAGAUAACCGUAGUGUAGGCAUUGAUUUAGAUACCACAAAUAGUACACCUACAAUAGUCACAACAACACCAGCGACAAAACGUUUCAGAAAGGUCAUCAGAAGGUUGAGACCUGUCGCAAACAAAACUGAAGAAGAAACUCCAUUCGUUAAAACCGGAAAACCUCUCAAUAUCGCCGAACUUAUAGAAAGACUUAACAAAGAAGAACCCACAACGACAACCACCACAUCAACGACGAAAGCUCCAGAAAUUGAAGAGUCAGAUACCGAAACAACAAUUGAUGAUACAGAAACAACAACAUUCGAAGCAACUACUAUAUUUGAUUUUUCAGAAACCGAUGAACCAGAAACCACCAUCGCAUCUACAACUUCAACCACAACUGAAAAGCCCAGUCCUCGAAGAACUCUGAUUAGUCGCAAACCUUACAGACCAACUAAGCCAUCAGUAAAUUCCAUUACAUCCACUGAAUCGAAUGUUGCAUCAACGCCAAAAACGUAUGUAAGGAAAUUUAACAGAAAUUUCAAGGCCAUUUCAGCUGACUCAAAACCGCCACUUAGUUUCUCUCAAAGAACUUCAACACGUCCAAAAACAAGUUUCCAAAAUCGUAACAGAGUCAAUUUCCCUCCACGGACUAGUACCAAGAGACCAGUCGAAGAAGUUGACGAAGAAUACAACGAAGAAGAGGUCGAUUACAAUGAAGAAAACGACGCAGAAGAAGAACAAAUUCCAGUGGUCCAACAAGAUGGUUACUUAAAUCCAAACCCCAUUGUAAAUGAAGAUGUUGCUAACGAAGAAACUGAUGAGUAUGAUGAAGAAGAAUUUGAGGAAGAAGCUAUACCUGAUAAUGAAGAAGGCAAUCCAAUUCCUCCAGCAAUAAUCAAUCGUCCAUCAAACCAACCCUCAAGACGUCCAUCAAAUCGUCCAGCCUUUAAUCGGCCAGCAAACAGCCCUGUCAAUGGUCUACGACCAGCAGCACCAGCUUCUUCAAGUCGUUUUGCUAAACCAGCUAAUAAGACUCGCGUAAUAAACCGUCCAACACUAAUAACCCUUCCACCAAACCUAAUUGACUCUGAUAAACCUACACUACCGCAAGAAAUAACACCACCAUCAGUAUUUGUUUCGACAAACACACGCAGCUACGAGCGUAAGUACUCGGCCAGUUCCACAGAAACAAUACCACAAAAUCAGAGCAAUCCUCUACUAGAUGAUCUUAACAUCGAUGCUCUGAAUGCACGUAAUAAAAAAAUAUUUGAGGUUAACAGCAAGAAACACACAUUGAUCAAACCAAAAAUAGCCCAAAACCAAUCACAAUCGAGUUUCGAUACCACAGACACCCCUUUCCCAGACACAACUACUAUAUUUGAAGAAGAUGAAGAUAAUAAUUUAAUAAAUUCACAGGAUGAUUUACAGGUAACCACCACUACUGAGAAGAAUCAGCAAACAUCACCUAAUGAGGGUCACCUUAUUUUGUACAGUCCAAAGAAGAAGAUUGUCACAAUAAGUCGUGUUACUGAGAUCAAUUCAAAAGAAGAUAAGAAACGACGAAAGUCAAACGAUGAUGAAUUGAAGACAGUUGAAUCCACUGAACUUAGAUCGGAGGGUUUGCCUAAAUUGGAAUCAAUUGGUGAGAUUAGUCGUGUCAAACAUGUUCACUUGGUCGAUGGAAGUCAAGUUUCGGUUGAUGGUCAAAGUACCGUUGCUGACUACACAGCUACAGAAUCGUCUGUUUUUGUGAGAAACACAAUUCCUGAAGUUGAGCCCGAUAGUCUUGAGAACACCCGAAUCGAAUAUGAGCCAGGAUCCACUUCAGCUCCAGUCAGGAACACAAUUCCUGAUACAGAUUUCUCGAAUAUAUUAGUUGAGACUGCUUCAUCUGUUUCGGUUGAUAUUAGAAAAUCAAAGGCCAUUACUAUUCCUGAGGUAAUUUCUGAUGUUGUUGAAGCUUCUACAAUAUCUCUAGAAGGGCUUUUCGAUAGUACUCGUCAAGCUAAGAAAAUAAGUGAUACACGCAAUGAAAUCAAUGGCCUUGUGUAUGCCUACUCACUUGGUGAAAUUCCAACUACUCCGCGAAACGAAAGACCAGUAUAUGUUUCAACUACUCCUUACACUACAACGCCCUUAACCACGACCACACCAACUCCAACUCCUACUCCAAUUUAUUCAACCGUCGAAACAACAACUCCGCUUAAAACCACAACAACGACCGCGACCACGACAACAACAACAACUACGACUACAACCACAACAACAACAGAAUCUCCAACUACAAUCCUACAACCAGUGGAAGCUAUAGAAACAACAACUCUCCAAUCCCGUGAAUAUUCCCGACCGAUUGUACCCCUCCUAAGACCGGAAUCCAAUGAAUCACCACUGGUAAUAUCGAUUGCAAAUUUAGAUAAGGUUAUUUUGAGUAAAGUUAUAAAGCCUGAUUCAAAUUCAGCGCCAUCUAAUAGACAAGAAUUAAUUGUAGAAGCACCCAAAAGUGGCCCUUCCACUGAGGUUCUACAGACUAGCUCAAGUGGUGGUAUUGGUAGAAGUUUAAAUAUUGGUAGUAAUACUAAUUCUAUAGAAACAAAAAUUCAAACCGAAACAAGUUUUAGUUCCGAAACGCGGGUAGUUAAAAGAAAAAAGAACUCUAGGCGAAAAAGUAAGCAAGCUAGGCAUAAUAAUAGACAUAAGUCAGUAGCAACUAUUACGACGACAGUAAGAAGUUUAAGUGAAGAUGAUGUUGCAACAACAUUAAAAACACCUUUAUCGUUUCAAAAAGUAGAAGUAGUAGUAUUCAAUGUCAAUGUUGUGAAAAUAGUUGAAGCAGUCCGCACAAAGGUUCCGGUCCGUCGUCCAAAUCUACGAAGACGUCUUUUCACCACAACACAACCUGCUUCCAGCAAUUCUACCGAUGAACUAAACAACACGGAUGGCACUUCCACGAUCAGUAGUAUCACAACAAAAUAUGAUGCUUCUACUCCAACAACCAGUCUCUUCAAGAAUAAUCGACGUACUAGGCCGAAUUAUCUAACUACUAUAUCGGCGAAGCUCAAGCCAACAGCGAAGGCAAUGUCAUCAUCUUCUUCAUCGAAUCCGGUUGAGAUCAUCACAUCGACUAUCAGCACCACUGGUUCGACAGCGGUGGCGGCACCAGCAACUACGUCUUCAAAUGAUAUCACGUUCGUAACUGUUAAUAAACUGUCAAAUCAAAAGUCUCCAUCAGGUGUGAUACGACGUAAAUUCACCAGACCCUUGAACGGUAAUAGAUUAAACACAAAUUCAACAGCAAACACGACGACGACGGCUUCAACGUCAAGCGGUAGUGGUAGUGGGAGUACGCAACCAGCAGCGGAGACAUCUGAUGAAGUUGGAACAGAUGUUUCGAAAACGCAAAAUCCACUCUUCAAGAGACGCUUCCCUCCAUCAACGACAACCACAGCAGCAUCUGUGACAACAACUCCACCAGCACCAAUAGAAUUCAAUACAUCUCCACUCUUUUUGGACACUUCGAUUCCAGAAGAUCUCGAUCAAAUUGCCAAAUCAAGUAUUCAAGAAUCCAAGUUCUUCCACAAUCAAAUCGGUGACAAUCUCGACGACCAUGACCUCAGCGCCAAAGUAUCAAUUUCAACGACUAUAUUCAGGAGUACAAGUCCGAGUUACACAACCUAUGAAGAACCAAUUACAAGGCGAUUGGGUUAUGCUGUAGCGUCCACAAGAAGACCAUCAUUACGUAGGCCACAAAAGACCACUCCCAUUCCGGAAAAUGUGGAAAUUUUCAUCAGCCGCAGAAGGCCACAGAAGACCCCGGCACCCUUCAAUAAAAUCAUCGAAACUCCAUCGGGACAAACAUAUAAACCUUCCAGUGAUUAUGACUAUUACGAUGAUGGUGAUGAAAGGGUUAUAGACAAGCCAACGGCUUCACAGGUUAAAGUUGUCCUCCAUGGCAAAGGAAUUAUCGAAUGCUUGGACCAAGGUAACUUCCCCCAUCCGUUAUCAUGUAGAAAAUUCAUUUCCUGUGCAAAAUUCGAGACCGGAGGCGUUGUCGGCUGGGAAUAUACCUGCCCUAAAGGUUUAAGUUAUGACCCAGUCGGUGGAAUGUGUAAUUGGUCUGCAGGCCUCGGUUGCAACGAAUAGAUUAAAAUUUUAAUUGAAAUUGAUGAAUUUGAAAUUUGAGAUUGUAACUUUUGGAAUUUUUCGAGUUGUGGAUGAUGAGAGAUAUAGCAUCAUUCAUUUCAUAUCCACGGCCAUGAUGUAUACCGAAAGGACCAAUUCGAAAUUAGAUAUUGUUGUAAUUAGUUGACUGAUUAAAUAUUUGUAUGCGAAUUUAUGAAGGUAUGCUAGAUGGAAAUAUUUUCUUUCCGAUUUGUAAAAAACAAAAAUAAGAAAAUUAAUGUAAUUUAAAACAACAAAAAAACAUACAUUUUUCUCGUUGCCGUUAUUAUUUAAUUUUAUUUUAGGUAAGUUAAAUUUAUUGUAGUUUCUUUUUUAAAAUAUGAUAUACGAGUAUGUAAGGAAAUGCGAAAUUCCAUGCAAGUUGUUUCUGUGCAUCAUUUUUGUAUUUAAAUGAAUUUCAAAUAAAUUAUAAUAAAGAAAUUAAAAAAAUUAA